AUGCCGGUCGAACGCUCACCAACGCGAGGCCGCUCACCUGUGAUCCAGACUCGUAGUCAGGGUCCUGCGGAGGACGUCGAAGUCCCUCCCGCAACACGCCCAAGGCGUUCAGGGACCACUUCCGUCGAACCGGAAGCCCCUAACUUGGCCACGAUGGCCUCUGAAGUGGCAGCGUUAAAAGAAGACAUUGCCCGCUCGACUGCUGCAACGCAGUUGGCAACUCAAAACCUUACGGAACAGCUUCAUAGGCUUUCCGAACGUCAGACAGCGGCGGAUGAGCGCCUCGCACGAGCCUUAGAAGCCCUAGCGCAUCGCCCGCUGCCUGAACAACCUCCCAUAGCACGAGCUACAAGAGAACGGUCCGCAACCCCGUGGGAAACGGCGGACACACCAAGGGAGCGUACCGAACCAAGUUUUUCAGGUGCGGUGCCUCCAAUCCAAGUGCCAGCGGCCCCGUGGGCCAGCGACACCAAGGUCGAUUCCUUGAAAGCAAAGGACGUACCCGAGUUUACGGGCAGAAGAAACCAAGACGUUGAAGAAUGGCUUAACAAAGUCCAACUUCUUCAAAACGUUAGCGCAACGUCGGAUGCCAGGAUGGUACAGCUCCUACCAGCCAUGAUAGCCGAGAAAACCCCUGCUGACGCUUGGUUUUACACUCUGGAAGCCCAGGAAACUCGCUCAUGGACCUGGAAAAGGUGGAAAGAGGAACUGCUUCGAGAGUUCCGAGAUCCCCUAACCGAGUCCAAGCGCAAAACCGAAUAUGUGCGCUGCCAUGCGAACCCCAAAGAAUUUCGCAGCUUUCUCGCGUUCAUCGACCACAAAACUCAUCUCCGGCGCCUCGCUUAUGGCGACCGGGCAAACAUAGAAUGUCCCGCUGACCAGCAUUUCGACCUAAUAGUCGAACAAUUGCCCAGCGACAUCCAAAUCAUGGUCAAAUCCUGUAACGUCACGAACCUGACCAAAUUAAAAGACUUCCUGCGCCUUUAUUUCGGCUCUGAUGACACCAGAAAACGAGACCCUUGCUACAGCGGUGCUGCAGAAGCUCAGAAGAAGUCACAAAAGACCGGAACCGACAAAGGCCCUAAGCAGACGGCUCCGCAUAAAACCGGAAACCCCGAAAAGGGUCGCGAUGGUCCUCAGAAGAUGGUUCCGGACCCCAACAAGGAACCACCGGCACCCUGCAAAUUCUGUCAGAAAAAGCAUUGGAAUGUUUUCUGCUGGCAGAACCCGAACCGAAAAGAUCCUGAAGAUGGAAAGAAAGGACCAUAUGGAGCACCCAUGCCCUCAGGUUGGAAACCCAAACAGGAAUCGAAGAAGGCGUACAUAGUGGAGCUGGACUCGACGUCCGCUACCACCGAGACUCUUUUUUCGGCUUCGGAACUGGAAAGAACGGAAGCCGCUAAUCAAGGAUUCCACACCAUCGGGUUCUUUCAUUCACCCAAGCACUCGGAAUCAACAAUUUUGAUGACCGCACCUCUUUCCAAGGUCACGGUGACCAAGGAAGAGGACCCCCGCACGCCCACGCAGGGCUGGGACCGAGUCUGGGACAACAUAGCCAUCAUCUGGGGCACCCCGCAAGUGGCUCUGAUGAUGGGCAACAACCCCCGCGCGCUCAGCUUCUUCGCCAAAGAACCGAAGCGAGGCGCCGGGCACCUCGGGAACGACCCCUACGCAGUCGCGUGGAGUUCCCACCACCUCUACAUCGCUGCCGCAGCCGAAGCUGACAAGGAUCGAAUCCUGCGAAAGGUCCGAGAAGACGGUACCCCUCGUUUGAUUCUCCUUGCCUGGAUAAAGCUCGACGAGCGCGAGAAAUUCUUGAUGUGGAGCUCUGAAGAUCCUGUUAUCUUUGAUGCGUACGCCAACCUGCAACUGGUGGCAUUUCUCCUGACAGGCAAUAUCGUUCGCUCAGACUAUUAUUAUCGUCGCGGAAACCCCAAAUUUCGGCACGUUAAAGACCAUCCACGUCUCCAAAGACACGAAGAGAGCGAACGGACGCGUAUAGUCAUGCUGGCUAUCGAACAAGUUGCUCGCCAGAAUAAAACAACAAAACCACAAAACGACAAAACUAGAGAACACUUUGAGAGUGUGAUCAAGGCUACGGAAGCAACAAUUAACGACAUCGCGCCCCAUUUCGAGAUCGCGGUGCCUUCUAUCAACGCCUUCUACUCAGUAGAUUUAGGCGAUGUACUCAAAAGCCAGACUAAGACCCAAACGCAGCCUUGCUGGACGCUAGCCGUCAUCGCGCAGCUCUGGGCACCUGUGGUACUAGACACAGGGGCCUGCGAGUCUCUGAUUUCCGACACGUACCAAGGCCUUCUGUUCUCCGAAACCGAUUUGCAGGAUGCGGAAACGAUGGCUUUCAACGGCAUUGGUGGACGUAUCUCAUCUACCAAGACAGUAUGCCUCGAAACUUCCCUCAGAGGCCGCGGCGGAGAAUACCUGACUUUCCGCGCCUACUUUCGGGUCAUCGCGUACGGGAAACCUCUCAUCAUCCUAGCCAACGACGUUUUGGGACAUUUGAAACUCCAAACCUUGGUUCAGGAACCCCCGUUACCCAGUUUCGCGGUGACGCUCAAGAAUCCAGACAUCCUUAUCCCCUGCUCCAUAACGGAUGAGCUGGACACCGAUCACAUGCGCGGCACGCCAUACAAGACCAAGCAGGGUGAAUUCAUGAAGGAUGUGUCAAUGCCACGGCUGACCAAAGCCAAAGCUCAGAAGUCUAGAUUAACCAUGUUAAUCACGGGACAGACGCGCGUGGCAGCCCAAACUUUUCUCAUCGAAAACCCUCUUGAGGCCACCGCUGCUAGCUCAACGGUCCCGUUAGGCCUCAAACUGUCCACCGCGACCCAUAAUUCGGUUGCGGACCCCGAAGAGAACAUUUCCAAAGAAGAAUGGCAGACACUUCGGAACAAAUGGAACCUCGACUCUACGGAGAGGGCUCCAGGGGCCUUCGAAGCCCAAUUAAAAGACGCGGAACGUUUCCACGUCGAUCUCAAGCGACCCAAACCCGUGGUCUGGGCCCUAAUCAACAUUCUACGACACUUCCAUCAAGCCUUCAGCUAUGAGGGUCAUCUCAUAGGGAACUACACCAAGAUUCCUUAUGCGCCUCGAUUUAUCUCGGCUCCGCCACCCCUUUCGAGGCCACGGUCGUACUCUCCGUUGGAGCGGACAGCCCUCGAGACGGAGCGAGACACCAUGAUGGGGCUUCAGAGACAAACCCCCGCGCGUAGCCUUCGACUAUCGCCGAGCCAACGACUGCAUGGCCUGGGAUCCAUAUCCCUUUCCCAUCAUGCUCGACAUCCUGAACUGGAUCGUCGCAGUCCCAUUCCGAUACAUAUCGGGAGGUGA